AUGUCAGAGGUCCCACCAGAAAUGUUUUGUAUCCCAUCCAUCAAACUCUAUGAUGGAAGCACAGACAUAUAUGAUCACGUAGAACUUUUCUCCUCUCAUAUGCUGGUGCAAUCAGGAUCCAACGCGAUGUGGUGUCGGGCAUUUUCAGCUACUUUGGGAGGUCAUGCCCGGACUUGGUACUCAUGUCUUCCCCAUCAUUCCAUCAACAGCUGGGAAGAGCUGAAGACCUAUUUUCUAGCCCAUUACGCUCUCUUAAAGCGUCACCGGAAGUCUUCCAUGGCUUUGGUGAACAUCAAACAAAAUCAAGGUGAAUCCCUAAGGGAUUUUGUGGCUAGGUUCAAUGAGGAGGCGUUGAGCAUUGACGAGUUCGAUCAGCGGAUCGCAAUGAUGGCUCUCCAGAAUGGCUUGAGGGCUGGACCAUUCGCUCAAUCCUUGGCUAAGACUCCACCUCGUACUUUCAUAGAAGCCCUUACAUGGGCUAACAAGUACAUCAAUGCUGAAGAGGUGAUGAAGGUGAAGCGGGCUAAACAGCCUGACAAGAAAGAAAGAAAGAAUGAAAAGAAAAAGCCGAUGGUGGAAUAG